CUCAAGGCUAGGAAACAAUAAGCACAGGGAAGAGGAGAGUGUGGGAGGCAGGCUGGCAGAGAUCUCUUCUUGAGGCUUUGCUGCGUCUCUCCACUUCUCCCCAUCCCAGCCUUGCCCAAUGAAACCAGAAGAGAAUGAAGAUACUUUUUCCAGCUUUUUGCUGGAGGACAUAAAGCAGAGGCUGCUCCAAGCUUUCCAAGGGCAGACAACCAGGGUAGCAGCUAGUCCCCUGCUCCCUAGACCUGUUGAAGAUACGGGCCAUGGCAGAAGAGCUAUGCCCACUCAAGAGGACCUGCACAGGAGGCACAUAGAACAGGGCAUAGCCUGGCUUCGUGUAGAAUUGCUGGAGAUGAAGUUCCAGAACCGGAAACUUGCCAAAACUCUGCUGGAUUUAAGCAUGGAAAUUCAGAGGCUGAGAAAUGAAACUGACCUGUCAGCAGCUCUAGAAUCAAAAGCUCUAAGCACUGCUGGAAGCCCAGAGUAAUAAAUUGCAUUAUGAGACUUCAAAUUUAGGAUGCAACAUGCAUCCUUUCACUGGCUGAGAAAAAAAUUGAAGACUGGGUUGUACAUUUAACU